AUGAGUCUACUUGGGAGGUUGAACUACAUUAGCAUGUUUAUUGCUCAACUCACAACCACUUGUGAGCCCAUUUUCAGACUUUUGAAAAAGGAUGCUGUUGUCCGAUGGACGGAUGAUUGUCAACAAGCUUUUGACAAAAUCAAGGAAUAUUUGUCCAAACCUCCCGUGUUGGUCCCGCCUGAACUUGAUAGACCUCUCUUUCUAUAUCUUUCAGUGACAGAUAAUUCCUUUGGGUGCGUUCUCGGUCAACACGAUUCCACAGGCAGGAAGGAGCAAGCUAUUUACUACUUGAGCAAGAAAUUCACUAGUUAUGAGGUCAAACUCGCGAAAUGGCAAAUCUUGCUCACUGAAUUUGACAUUAUAUAUGUCACUCGAACUGCAAUGAAAGCUCAAGCUCUGGCAGACCAUUUGGCAGAGAAUCUAGUCGAUGGCAACUACGAACCACUGGAUACAUAUUUUCCAGAUGAAGAGAUUAACUCAGUUGAAGAAGUAAAUCCAGAUGAAAACCAGGCUUGGCAAUUAUACUUUGAUGGAGCAAUCAACAAAAAAGGCACAGGGAUUGGGGCAAUUCUCAUAUCGCCCACAGGACAGCAUUACCCUGCGACAGCUCGACUUCGUUUCUUCUGUACAAAUAACACAACAGAGUAUGAAGCUUGCAUCAUGGGUCUAAAUAUGGAAAUAGAUUUGGGUGUGCAAGAAUUGAUUGUGUUGGGAUAUUCUGAUUUGCUUAUUAGGCAAGCUCAGGGCGAAUGGAAAACUCGAGACCUCAAGCUUCUUCCCUACAAACAAUGUGUGGAAGAUCUUAGCAAAAGGUUUAGGUCCAUCGAGUUUAGAUACAUUCCCAGAUUUCAUAAUGAAUUGACAGAUGCCUUGGCUACUUUGGCCUCAAUGCUUCCAUAUCCUGGAAACACUUGUAUUACUCCCUUGGAGAUUCAACUUCGGGACCAACAUGGCUAUUGUAACACUGUGGAAGCAGAAUCAGAUGGUGAGCCGUGGUACCUAGAUAUCAGGAAUUUCUUGCAAACAGGGAAAUGUCCUGAACAUGCCAAUGGAAGCCAAAAAAGAACUAUUAGACGUUUGGCUAGUGGUUUCUUUUUGAGCGGGGAAAUUUUAUAUAAACGCACCCCGGAUCUGAACUUAUUGAGAUGUGUGGAUGUUGAAGAAGCCGAAAAGAUCAUGAAUGAAAUACAUGCUGGGGUAUGUGGACCACACAUGAAUGGAUAUGUCCUUGCGAAAAAGAUACUCCGUGCAGGAUAUUACUGGCUUACCAUGGAAAGGGAUUGCUUUCUCUUUGUGAAAAAAUGUCAUCAAUGUCAAAUUCAUGGUGAUCUCAUUCAUUCACCACCUUCAGAGUUGCACCCCAUUGCCGCUCCUUGGCCCUUUGUUGCAUGGGGAAUGGAUGUCAUCGGACCAAUUGAGCCAAAGGCUUCUAAUGGACAUCGAUUCAUUUUGGUCGCAAUUGAUUACUUUACUAAAUGGGUAGAGGCAAUCACUUUCAAGGCAAUCACUAAGAAGGUGGUCGUGGAUUUUGUCCAUUCAAACAUCAUUUGUCGUUUUGGUAUCCUAAGAACUAUCAUCACAAAUAAUGCUGCAAACCUUAAUAGCAAUUUGAUGAAGGAGGCCAACGGAGCUGUGGAGGCAGCCAACAAGAAUAUCAAAAAGAUUCUUAGGAAAAUGGUUCAAGGCACUAGACAAUGGCAUGAGAAGCUGCCUUUUGCACUUUUAGGGUAUCGCACAACAGUGCGCACCUCGAUUGGUGCAACUCCUUAUUUGCUGGUGUAUGGGACUGAGGCUGUGAUACCAGCGGAAGUUGAAAUUCCAUCUCUUCGAAUUAUUGUCGAGGCUAAAAUUGAAGAUACUGAAUGGGUCAAAACCCAACUAGAGCAGCUCACAUUAAUAGAUGAGAAGCGAUUGACGGCCGUCUGUUUUGGUUAG